AUGUCGCAUAUAAGAGAAAGGCUUGAGAUACAAGAUAGAACACUUAACGAACUUUAUAAAAAACAAGAAAAGCGUCUUGAUUAUGAAAGAGAACGUUUUGAAAAGGAAAGAAAAGAAGCUAAUGAACGUCUGGAUAAUGAAAGAAAUAAAGCUAAUGAACUGAUGUUAAUCAGAAUCGACAAGCAAGGACAGUGA